GGCCUGUCUAACAGAAAAAAGCCAUUAGUAAAACAAAUAUAAGAAAUUGUGACUGUAUGUUUUGUAUCGUGCUUUUAGGAAGAGACUAGGAGAGCCGCGUCGCGUGGUUUGUGUUUGCUGAGAUGUCGGAUCCGUACGAGCGUGUGAAAGGAGGAAGAUUGGCAUUCAAAGGAGGGAUUCUCGCCUCUCGCUCCAAAUCCAUCGAGAAGAAGGGCAAGAACAAGAAGAAGAAGCGGACGACGGCGGCGGCCGCCGAGGACGAGGACUCCGGCCCUAACCCUAACCCAAAUCCUGACGAAGCUGUCGACACCGACAAACAGGCGGAGGGUUCUGAAUACACCAUCGACGCGGCGAAGCGUAUGAAGUACGACCAACUCUUCCCCGUGGAAGCCAAGAAGUUCGGGUACCAACCCAAAAUUAACUUCAACUCAGUUGAGGAUGCCCUCGAUGAUCGUGUCAAGAAGAAGGCUGAUCGUUACUGUAAAUGAAACUAUCAAUCAAUUUUAAUAUUAGUUAAAAGUGACAUAUAUGUGAAGCCUCGGUUCUGACCCAAGAUUCAUAGGACUAUUCCACAUAAGCCUUAUAUUUAAGACAUGAAUUAUAAUUUAUCUAACUAGGAGGCUGAGUUCCAUGACAUGCGAGGUUCAUCAUCCAUAAAGGGGACGGAGAUAACUACGGUAGGUCUUAUGAAUAGACCCUUGAGGUCACCAUAUCGGGAUUUGAUAUUCAAUGCUUUAAGUUAAGAUAUUCAAUUCUCUAAAUGAUUUUUGUUAGAUUAGAUUGUAUAUUAAGAUUUCUAAGUUUAUUCUGAGUAA